AAAAGUGAGCCUUUCCGGUUCGCGGCCCGUAUCUGUAUCUCUCUUUCGAUUAUGCGCUCUCCCUGUCGCGCGUUCGGCGCGGAGAUAGCGGCGCACCUCCGAUCGGCGCCCCGACUACAGUUCGAUUCAUUUUUCUGCGGAAGCGGCGCGAGGAACCUGGCGUUAACGUCGCCCUACUCCAGGACGCGGACGCCAGGUGAAAACGGCGCUUGUCGACCGACUUCAGCAACAGAGGCGGCGGCGGCGGCUUGUUCAACCGUUUAGGCUUAGCGAGUCCGGCUCGACCCGCCGGCGGCAUCGGUCGAUAUGGAUGUGACUAUGAUUUGUGCCGGUGUCGGCUGGGUGCCGGCCAUGGUGGCGGUCAGCCUGAUUAGUGCCUCCCUGAUGGCGUACAUCUGGGCGGCUCUCACGGGAGCAGUGACCGUUUACGCGCCGUACAUCAGCGAAGCCGGUGCCUCGCCGCCACAAAGUGGAGUGUUCAGCCUGCUGCUUUACUUCGGAUCUCUCUUGGCGUGCGCGACAAUGCUGGUGCGGUACGUGGUGAUCCGCAACCUGAACCGGUGCUGCCGGUGGAGCGUGGACGUCCUGAACGUGGCCGCGCUCAUGGCGGGUCUCAUCGCGGUCUUCGGGAACCUCAUCGUCUCCGCAUAUCCAGUGCUGACGAGCCGGGCGAUCCAUAACGCUGGCGCGUACACUAUGUUUAUGGCGGCUGUCCUGUACAUGACGCUCGAAACCGGGCUCACGUGCUGCCUCUGCCCCGAGUACUAUGCUAAGAGCAUGGUGUGGGUGAGGUUCUCCCUCACAACGGCGUCCGUUGUCGCCGUUAUAUUCACCGCAUGCUACCAAUACGUUGGGGAAAGUAUAUGGGCUGAAGGGCUUAGUGACAAGCCGAAACACUUGCGGGAGCCUGGAGACCCGGGUUUCCGAGAAUUGCUCAUCAGCUCCGUGGGCGAGUGGUUCCUGGUGUCCGUGUUCCUCGCCUUCUUCCUGACGUUCGCGCACGAGUUCCGGCGCGUGAUCGUCACCGUGGACGUGUUUCCCCUGGUGUGCCACAUGGACGAACACAUCGAGGGCUCGAGCAAAGAAGGACGUUGACCACUGUGAUGGCGGCACCGACGUGACGCUGUGAAUCUCGCACCUUUCAAGCCAUUGUUGCGUGCUUGCGUCAGCUUCCUUGUCAUGUGUAUCGCGUACGUUCGGCGGCCGUUUUCCACGGCAGAUGGCCAAGUCGCUGCUCUUACUAAAGCAAAACACUUUUGGCACUCACUGCAGUGAGGGGGCCCGUCAGUUUGGCGGAACGACUAUUACGACGGGCGCUGUCAUGCAAAAUCAGUGCAACGCACUGCAAUUGGUGCAAUAUAUUGAAAUUGUUAGUGACGGGCCCCCUCUGUUAUGAGUUCCAAUAAUUUUAUCUUUUUACUGAGACGAAGGUUGCCCCCACAUGUGUAAGCCAUUACUGUUGCUUGUUUCACGGUGACUAUGGACAGUGACAUCGACGACGCCUACGAUAUGUACUGAGACAAAAAUAAAUCAUUUU